GGUUGAGCCACAGGCAGAAUUCAUCUUCGUUGCCUACUCCACGAUCCAAUCACAUCUCCCGGCGAGUGACGCAAACUCACAUUGGAGAAGCAACCUACAGAUAAUCCUUGCAUCCAUACGGAUACUCAACUCCCCUCCAACAUUUAAGCUUAUCCACAACCACCAUAUCAUGAGACUUCUCAGACCAACACCACGCCUCUCUUCUAUAUUCUCUUCAAAAUCAAAAUCAGAAACUUCGAAUUUUCGCUUCUUUACAGCAAUGGCUCCUCACAACGACGUAGGCGCCUUUCACGAAGCUCUCCGCUCAAGUAGGCGCAUCCUGGCGCUCUGUGGAGCUGGUCUCUCAGCAUCAUCUGGCCUACCUACUUUCCGAGGCGCUGGCGGUCUUUGGCGAAACCAUGAUGCUACGUCUUUGGCUACCAUGAGCGCUUUCAAGAAUGAUCCGGGUCUUGUGUGGUUGUUCUAUAACUAUAGGCGCCAUAUGUGCUUGCGUGCGGAACCCAAUCCAGCGCAUUAUGCUCUUGCGGCACUGGCUGAGAAGAACAAGGACUUUUUGUGUCUGACACAAAACGUCGACAAUCUUUCUCAGCAAGCGGGCCAUCCACAGGAUCAACUCCGUACUCUACAUGGCUCUCUCUUCGACAUCAAGUGCACCAACUGCGAUUGGAUUCAACGAGGCAACCAUGAUGAUCCUUUCUGUCCCGCCCUCGCACCAGCUUCAGUCGAUGUAGAGCCAGGCAAACCGUUUCCUCUUCUUGACGCCUCGCAGCCUCUAGACCCAAUCUCGCCAGACGACAUUCCCAAGUGCCCUCAGUGCAAGACGGGCUUUCAAAGACCGGGUGUUGUGUGGUUUGGUGAAAAUCUGGACCAAGUUAUGAUGAUGGGUAUCACGAACUGGCUUCUCAAGGACAAAGUGGACUUGAUGCUUGUCAUUGGCACCUCAGCUCAAGUUUACCCUGCUGCUGGCUACAUCGAUAAAGCCAAACGUAAAGGCGCACGUAUCGCGGUUAUCAAUCCUGAGGCUGAGAAUGAGGAAGAGAUGUACAAGGUCAAGCCUGGUGAUUUUGCAUUUGGCAAGGAUGCUGCAGAGUAUCUGCCUAUACUCUUGGAGCCUGUCAUUGGCAAGCUUGAGGCGGACAAGAAGUGAAGGUCUUUGCUAGAAAUCUAGUCUCAAAACAAUACAAGAGAAGAACAGGCUAAGAUGUUUUGUUAUCUUGAUUGGCUUCAUUGUAAAACUUAACUGGCGAGCAGAUGAACCCGUAUGGUUGAUAGGUACAUGCUGCAAUAUGAGGGUUUUAUUAUGAAUGCAUCUUUAUAUUUGACUGG